CAAGAUUCCUCACUGGCUAUCACCUCUCAUUGGUUAGUACAAGGAACUGAUUUGCAUGUGGUGGGAGUGUCCAGAGCCAGCACUGAGAUGAAUGACUUGUUCAAGUCAGAGAGAAAUAAGGCAUAGCACUCGGCAGAGGUCUGCUCAGCUCAAAAUGCCUGAGUUGGUUAAGCUGCCACUCUUCCUUCUGUAAGUGGAAAGUGCUGGACGAGGACAUAAACAUGUUCAGGAGCAGGCGCCCUAGCAGAAGAGCAAGGAUAUGGGGUAUCUACAUCCUUAUACUGUACACCACCCCCCUCUCCUGUCUGGCAAAUUUCAGUCAAGCAAAAGAGCUCAUCUAUAAGAUAAAGGAGGGAUUACCUAAGGGGACUUUCAUUGGGGCUAUUGGAGUGGACUUAAAUUUGGAUUUCACAGUUGAGCCCCCCUUUUUAUUUAGUCUCACUCAAAAGAAGGUCAGUGAGCAGUACGUGAACAUAAAUAAUACUACCGGGGAGCUUUACACAUCCAGUGCUGAGAUUGACAGGGAGACCCUCUGUCCUUACAGCUCAGAGGAGCAGGGAUGCUUCCUUUCAAUGGACGUGUUUGUGUUGCCUCAGCAGUACUUUCAGCUUGUCAAAGUAAAGCUUUUAAUUGAAGACUUAAACGACAACAGGCCGAAGUUCCCCACAGAUGAAAUCCGCAUGUUUGUCCCAGAAAACACACCAGUCAAUGCCCGUUUUGCGGUGGAGCUGUCUGCUGUGGACCCUGACCUUGGGAUUUAUGGAGUUCAGACCUACUGGCUGGUUAAUGACUUUGGUGUGUUUACUCUUGAUGUUGAGGAGAACGAUGGAGGUGAGCUGACACCAUUCCUCAUUGUGACAGAUUUUCUGGACAGAGAGACACAAGAUGAAUAUGUUACAGAUAUCAUUGCAGAAGACGGAGGGACCCCUCCUCAACUUGGAGCAGCUACUUUAAAAAUUGCCAUUACAGAUGUAAAUGAUAACUGCCCUAAAUUUACAGAGUCACAAAUUAAUGUCACUCUGCACGGGAAUAGCAGCAAAGGGGCACAUUUGGCACAUUUGCAUGCUUUUGACCCUGACCUUGGUGCUAAUGCUCAGAUCAGCUACGCUUACAGUGAACGUGUGCCAAGGGACACUAGGAGCUUGUUCCAUUUGGACAAAAUUACAGGCAGGAUCAAGCUAGCCAGGAAAAUAGACUCUUUCACAUCCACAUUCUACAAACUGACAGUUCUGGCCAGUGGACCCGGCUGUAUUCCUGCUGCUGCAACUGUAACCGUCUAUGUCAUCAAAGUGGUUGCAGGACCCCCUACAGUCAUGCCUCGGUACAUUGCACCUGAAAAGGAUGGAGUGGUGACAUUGAAGGAGUCGGAACCAGCAUUAUCUCCAAUAGCAUUUUUUACUAUUAAAAACAUGGACAAGAGCCAAAGGUUGGACUGUUAUUUGGAAGGGUCUGGUCCCUUCAGACUUGUUCCAUAUCAACAGUUAGAGAAUGAGUAUUUACUAGAAACUACAAACACUUUGGACUAUGAGAUGACAAGUGAAUAUGAGCUAAUUGUGGUUGCUAAUAAUACUCAAGGUCUAGUCAUUAAGGCUUUUCUGAAGGUGCAGGUUUUGGAUGAGAAUGACAAUGCACCAGUGUUUCAACAGUCUCUGGUGGAAAUAUCAAUUGAGGAAAAUAAUUCGCCAAACACCUUCUUAACCCAGCUCCAAGCCUCAGAUCCAGACAGUGAAAGUCGAGGGGAGGUCAUCUACAUCCUUGGAGGUGAUACUCCUGGGAUUUUUGUUGUGGAUCGUCUCACAGGGGUUCUGACUGUUGCUACAUCUCUUGACAGAGAGGAAAAAGAAAAAUAUCGGUUUAUAGUUAGAGCAGUAGAUCAGGGGACACCCAGGAGGGAGUCAGUUGCUACAGUGGUAGUGACUGUUCUGGAUCGCAAUGACAACAGUCCACGUUUUAUUAACAAGGAUUUUACCUUCUUUGUGCCGGAAAACUUUCCUGGGUAUGGGGAGAUAGGUGUCCUCUCUGUGACAGAUGCUGACACUGGUAGAAAUGGGUGGGUAGCCCUGUCCAUCAUUAAUGGCAGUGACAUCUUCAUGAUAGACACUGGCCGAGGUGCACUGAGGGCCAAAACACCCUUGGACCGUGAGCAGCAAGGAACGUACCAGCUGUGGAUUGAGGCCGCUGAUGGUGGGGAGCCAGCACUCUCCUCUGUUACUAUGGUGACCGUGCUCUUGUUGGAUGUAAAUGACAACCCGCCAAUUGUCCUCUUCCCUCAGUCCAACCAGUCCUACAUGCUCGUGCUACCCAGUACAACACCUGGAACAUCAAUCGCAGAAGUUUACGCAGUGGACAAAGAUACAGGGAUGAAUGCAGUAAUUGCCUACAGUAUCAUUAAAAGGAAAGGUGGUGAGCCAGGGUCAUUUGCCAUUGACCCAGAAACAGGAAACAUAACAUUAAAGAGAGAGCUCAGUAACAGGGGGCUUUACAGCCUUCUGGUAAAGGUUAGUGAUCAUGGCCAACCUGAACCUCUUUACUCAAUGGUCAUGGUUAACUUCUUUGUCAAUGAAACAGUGAGUAAUGAGAGUUACAUCCAAAGUCUGCUGACCAGAGACAUUGACAUAGAAGUUGAAGAGAAACCCUGGUACAUCGGUCAGAUGACAGAUGGGCCUGAGAGGUAUGAGCUGUUCCCCUGUCGACCUGUCCUCAUCGCUCUUUCAGUGGCAUGUUUGGGUUUUUUUUUCCUGGUUGUCAUAUUAAUAUCUUAUAUAUGCUGUAAAAGAUUAAAAAAGAUUAGGAAGGAAAGGUCAGAAGUGGAAGUACCUUUAAAAAUGAAAAAUGGCUCAACACAUUUUUUGAACAGAAAACUCAGGCAGAUGUCCAACAUCUGAUCAUCAGUUUUGUGCAUUUCCAAAAACUACAACUGUUUACAUGAAUGUUUACAAAUAUAACAGUAAGAAGUUCAGCUCUUACAUGAAGUUGCUCUUUCUGCUUUAGUCAUUUUAUUAUUAUUACUGCAAUACACCCUAGGUUCAUCAUUCUAAACAGGAUGCACAGAAUUUAUGAUUCUUUUCAAUGAAUUCAAAUGUGACACAUCAGAAAAUUGUUGGCAAGGAAAUAAUAAUGGCAUUAUAGCAAAGCAACAAGAGCAACUGAUUAGAUUAACUUUGUAAAUAUUGUAAAAAUUGUUUUACAACUUUAUGUAACAUUUUUGCACUGGUUAUGAAAAUAGCAAAAGACAAGCAUUCUCUUGAAUGAGUUCAAGUUCAUCCAUUGUGGCUUUCAGUGGAAGUUAGAGUAUUUGUAAGAUAUUUAUUUUUUUAAGAAAAUGUCCAUGUUUAUUCACAAGCAAAAGGUUUUACUUCCAAACAAAUGUUCUGAAACAGACCAGAUCCCAUCCAAUACAGCUGAAAGUUCAUCAAAGAUAAUAAAUUAAACUGUUUCCACAAUUACUUUGUCAUACAUGUGCCUGAGUGUUACAUAUGUCAAUCUAAUUUAAGAAUCAUGCCAUUUUUAAUGUGUCUGUAAAAUAUAUACUGCAGGUGUUUGAAAGACAAAAUCAGAAAAACUAUUAAAGAUAUUUAUUUUUAUAAUAUA